CGAUCCCGUUUCCGACACUGCCGUUGUAGCGGCGGCCGCCAAGAUCCUUAAUCAUCCCCCUCUCCGCCACCGGAGGCGAUUGCCGCUGAUGAUGCUUUUGCAGCCGCCGGCAGAGGUAUCCAGCUGUCGGGGGAUAAGGAGCACGUUGCUGCAUCCAUGGGGGUUGAGGGGUUUGAACAAUUUGGGGAAUACUUGCUUCAUGAACUCUGUAUUACAGGCUUUGUUGCACACACCGCCAUUGAGGAAUUACUUCUUGGGCGAUCAUCAUAAACAGGAGGUUUGCCGUCAGAGGAAGAGGAGGAGAGCGAGUUCAGCGGUGGCGGGGGUGGGAGAAGGUCCGUGCCUGGCUUGCAUUGUGGAGGGUGUGUACUUGGAGGUGUUUUCAGGCGACCGGAAGCCAUAUAGCCCGGCGAGGUUUCUUUACAGCUGGUGGAAGAAUUCAUCUAAUCUGUCUGGUUAUGAGCAGCAGGAUGCCCAUGAGUUCUUCAUCUCCAUACUAGACAAGAUACAUGACAAGGAGCUAUCUGGCCUCAACAGUAAAGGCGCUGUUGAUUGCCACUGCAUUGCCCACAGUGUAUUUUCUGGAAUCCUGAGAUCUGAUAUCACCUGCACUGUGUGUGGCUUUACAUCCACCACCUACGAUCCCUGCGUCGACAUUUCCGUCGACCUGGAGGCCGACUAUAACACGGAUAAAUCUGCAGGCCCAGCCGAUAGAACUGCUAGAAUAUCGACUCUCACGGGGAGUCUCGACCUCUUCACAAGGCCUGAGAAGCUCGGCUCUGAUCAGAAACUAUACUGUCAGAACUGCCGAGUGAAGCAAGACUCGGUGAAGCAAAUGUCGGUCCGAAGGCUGCCACUGGUUCUAUGCUUCCAUGUCAAGCGAUUUGCGCACUCGGCGAUCCGGAGGACGUCGAAGAAGCUGGAUCAGUACAUGCAAUUCCCAUUCUCUCUCGACAUGACGCCGUACCUGUCAUCAUCGAUCAUAAGGAAUAGGUUUGGGAACAGGAUCUUUGCGUUGGAGGGAGAUGAAUCGGAUUUGCCGGGGGAGAUAUCGUCUGAGUUUGAGGUUUUUGCUGUGGUUACUCAUAGUGGGGGAUUAGAUUCAGGGCAUUAUGUGACUUAUCUGAGGUUAAGGAACCAGUGGUACAAGUGUGAUGAUGCUUGGAUCACAGAGGUGAGGGAGGAGGUGGUGAGGGCUUUGCAGUGUUAUAUGAUAUAUUAUGUGCAGAAGGUUCUGUAUCAUAGGAAUGGAGAAGAGAGGGUUAUUCCUAGCACAGGAUGCUUUUGAAAGGUUGACAAAGUUCUCAUAUGCAA